AUGCCGGAGGAAUCGAGAAGCUCUCAGGCAAAUGGGCCUGGCUCCACCGACAUCACCCGCGACAAUUUCAUACCCCUCUUCGAUGGCAAGCCAUCUUCGUACAAGGAGUACCGCAAGCGUAUCAUGCUGUACUACCUGAAGAUGGGGAUUAGCAGCAAAAAGAAGGAAGCCACCAUCAACCUCUUGACCUCACUCAGCGGUCCCGCCUGGCGUCAAGUCGAGCACAUGGUAGACGCGGUGACCGAGAAGGAUGAUGGCUUCCAGGACGUGAUCCACCAGUUGGACAAAGCUUUUCAGUACGACGACCGCGUCGAGAUGCCCCGCACCUUUGAGAAGUUUUUCUACCACCUGCAGAGGCGGCCGGAGAUGAACCUUCUGGCCUACUGCACCGAGCACCGGGAGCACCUUCGGGAGAUCGAAAAGCAUAAGAUCAGCAUUCCGCCGACCAUCUCUGGAUGGUUACUUUUGAGGCGAGCCAACCUCACGGCGGAGCAGCGGCAAAUGGUCCUGACCCACACCUCCGGCGAGCUGUCCCUCGAGAGGGUUGAAGCAUCCCUGUACUACCUGUUCGGCCAGGACUACACCUCACGUCCUUCGCACCGACCGACUACAUCGCCACCGUGGGAUGCCGGCAGGAUGAAGUUCCGAUCCUCAUACAAGUGGUCCAAUUACAGGAAACCUGCCGUGGCCCACUACCAGGAUGACUGCUACCUGGAGGAGGACCCCGAGCAACCGCAUCUGGCCUGGACCCCGGAGGAUGACUACCCGGAGGCAGACAUCCCUGAAGACGAUGAGAUCUUCUGGGAAGCCGAGGAGGACUACCCCGCCGACACUGAGGCCACGACCGAUGAGCCUCAUCCUGAAGAAGAAGAAGAAGUCUACGCGGCCUAUAUGGACGCUCGCAGGAAGUUGGCGGAGGUCAGGUCGGCCCGUGGCUACUACCCCGUCGUCGCCCUCGGCCCCUCUGGAUCCAUGAAUGCGCCCUCGCCCGUGGCAAGUCUGCCACCCAGUCCAAUCGCUGCCUUCGUUGUGGACAAGAAGGCACUGGGCAGCCAACUGCCCUUCGAGCUCAUCGUCACCGAACAAGCGAGCCAAAGGUGCAGAUGCUAUAUGGUGGCCAUCCUCCACGAAUCCACCGACGGCAACGAUGAUGAGGCCUACAUCCAGGACUCCACCGACGGCAUGAUCACUGGUCUUCAAGAUGGUGGCGCUUCGAGCGUCAUCUGCGGCCACGACACCAUGAUGAACAUCGUCACCGACAUGGUCCGGAAGAACGUCAAUCCCCGGGAGUUCAAGUUCAGCAGGACUCACAAGACCAUUCGGUUCGGCGGUGACGGCAACAGCAUCGCCUCAUGGUGCAUCCACCUCCCCGUGUUCAUGGCCGGCUACAAGGGACGACUUCAAGUCUUCCUGGUGGAGGGCCGAACACCUCUUUUGGUCGGCAGGCCAAUCCUGGAGGCCCUCAAGCUCAAGGUCGACUACGAGCAGCAGACCUGCAGCAUCCUUGGAGAACCCUGGCAGCCAGCCACCCGCGGUUCCAUGGGCGAGUACCUCAUUCGUCUUGAUGAGGGCAUCGAGGACGCUCUCGAGCAGGACCUCGCCUUCGACUACAUGACCGAUGACGUGGUCACGGAUCUGGACAAUCACGACAUCGAGCUCUACGGCAUCCACGACUACCUCAAGGACUCAGCACCCCUACUGCGUUGUCUUCACCACGAGCUCAACAACGACGGCACCACCGAGCCUGUCCAGAUGCCCCUGCCGUACAAGAUGUGGAAAACCUUUGAUGUGGCUCUCGCCACCUGGGACAACUGUCAAGACCGCCAUGUCGAUGAAGCCCUCCGAACAAAGCCGACCACCACCUAUGUCUUUUGGGAGAUCUACUCUGGCCGCAGCAACCUGUCCAAGGCCAUGGAGGAACUCGGAUGGGAAGUUCGCGCCUUCGAUCUGCCGGAGUGGGACUUCGCCCGAGCUGCAGACCGCCAAGCUCUACUUCGCCUCAUUGAUGAGGAGAUGCCAGACAUCAUCUGGCUGGCACCCCCACGCAAGAAGUGGAGCCGGAUGCAGCAAAUCAACCAACGCAAUGAACACCAAGCUGAGUGCCUCGCCAUUGACCGGGAGAUGGAGCAUCGCACCAACCUGAAGCUCACCCGGCAGGCCUUCCUCAAGCAGCACCACGCAGGACGGCAAGCCUAUGUGGAACAUCCUCUACUGUCUUUGGCAUGGAGCACGCCCUCACUGCAUGACCUACCUGCAGAGAUUCAUCAAUGUGCCUAUGGAGCCGGAUUCUGGAUGAACGACCACGAGUGGGCCUACAUCAAGAAGCCCACUGCCAUCCUCUCCACCGAGGCAGAGUUUGCUGAGCACUUCAACCUGAAAUGCCCCGGAGACCACAGGCACAUCCAGCUCCAAGGAAAUCUUCCUCACCUCGGCAGUUUGACGGGAGCAGCAGCGGCCUAUCAGCCGGACAUGUGCAACGCUCUCGCCAACCUCAUCGCGGACCUCACCUAUGUUCAUCCUGAGCAUGCAUUCCACGAGGAUGAUCAACCUGCUGCCGAUCAGGAACAACUUGUUCAGCCUGAGGCCGAAGCACCCCAGCACAAGGGCAUCCUCGAGCGCAUCCACGACAGCUGUCCUGUGGAGGCGCAGCGACUCAUCGCCCGACUGCAUCGCAAUCUCGGACACCCCAGCCAGAAGGACCUGCAGAAGAUCCUCGAAGCUCGUGGUGCCUCUCAACACGUGCUCAACGCCCUCAAGAACUACCACUGUGAGCUUUGCAGCAAGCCCACGCCUGUGCUCACCAUGCUGGAUGCAGCAACCAAGUGCCUGGCAGCCCGCGUCCUGAACACCGAGCAGAGCGAGGUACUUCAAGUUGACAGCCACAGAGCCUGGUGUGGCGACCUGGUGAGGCAAUGGACCGGCGAGAACAACAUAGAACUCGUCAUCAGCCCUGGAGAAGCUCAUCAGCGACUUGCUCUACUGGAACGGCGCCAUCAAGUUCUUCGUCGAGCAGUAGAUGUCUUCAUCGCUGAGAGCGGCCGGGACAGCAUUGAUGGACUUCGAGAAGCCCUGGACUUUACCGUGCCUGCGCUCAACAAGCUCGCCAACCACCAGGGAUUUUCCCCAGUGCAAUGGGUACUGGGCUAUCAACCGCACCUGCCUGGCCAACUCCUUGAGGAUGGACUGAACCCCAUCAACACCCAGCCAAGCGAGCGCUUCCAGCACAAGCUCAACAUGCAGCUACAAGCCAGCAAGGCCAUCCUCACAGCCGACGCCGACGCUAGACUUCGUCGAGCCCUACUGCGCCAACACAAAGCCAAGGAGCCUGCGACCAUCAGCAUUGAAAUUGGCUCCAAGGUCUUCUACUGGAGGGACACCGCCGGCACUGGACCCAAGAUCCGAUGGAAGGGCCCGGCCACUGUGGUGAUGAUCGAGAACGACCUCACCAAUGGCAGACCGAAGUGCUACUGGAUCGUCCACGGCACGAACCUCCUCAGAGCAGCACCCGAACAUGUCCGACGGACCUUUCAAGAAGCUGAAACCGACCUCAACCCGCACGACAUUCUCCAACAACUCAGGAAUCGGGGAACCACGUCCUACACCGACCUCAGCAAGACCAACAAGCGCAAGGUUGAGGACGUUGAAUCCGAUGAGGAAGUCGAGGAACCCGAUGUCAAAAGGCCAACCCAUGCGACGCUACCUCAUUCACCACCAGCAGCCGAUGACUACUGGCAACCCACAGCAGAUGGCCUCGGCAUCGAGCGGAUCCACGUCAAGCCUCGCUACACCUUGUUCUUCCCCGCGACCAACGACACUGAAGUCAAUGUCAAGGACUUCAACCAGGCCCGCACCACCGAGAUCCACGUCUACGACCCCACAACUCAACGAGCUCAGCGCCAGCCUGAAGAUGAAACCGAGCGAGCCUUCCACGCCGACAUCCUCGAGGGUGGCAACAUGCCUCUACCACCGGGAUGGACCACUGACAAGAACGGCCAGCUCAAGCUCGAGCCCAUCCACGACACAUGGACCAUCACCAAGGACAGGACCACCAAGAAGGGCAAAGCGCCAGCGCAACGUACAUUCCAGCAGCGCCAAAAGAACGCCAAGAACCUGAGCGAAAGGACCCUCUCUGUCUCGGACAAGCUCCUCUUCGCCCAGGCCAAGCGAAAAGAACUUCAGUCCUUCUUCGACUACGGCGUCUGGGAGAUAGAUGAUGAAGGCAAUGCGCCACAGCAGCGGAUCCUCAGGGCCCGGUUCAUCCUCAAGUGGAGCAAGAACAAGGACGGCUCACCUCGAGCAAAGGCCCGACUGAUUGUCCAAGGUUUCAAUGACCCGGACAUCACCAACAGCAACCUCGCCAGAACCAGCCCUACACUCACACGACUUGCCCGCAGCCUCAUCGUCUCCCUUGCGGCGAACAAGAAAUGGCAGAUGUUCACCUCGGACAUCAGCACGGCAUUCCUGCAGGGCAAGGAGCACUCCGAGGUCAUCAAGAUGAUCGACAGCCUCAAGCGGAUCUUCAAGUUCCGGGAGUGGAAGGACGGCAACAAGACUGUGGUCAAGCCCAUCACCGUGGCCAAGGGCAGAAAGCCUGAAGAUCAGGUCACCGAGAAGGAGAGGAACCUCCUGCGCUCUCUAUUGGGAGCUCUUCAGUGGCCUGCAACCCAGUCGUCACCUCACCUGCAGGUCCACACAAGCAUGCUACGUGGUGAGACGGCCGAAGCCGUGAUCGAGACCAUCCACAGCGCGAACAAAGCACUUCGAUUUGCAAAGGCCAACGAUGACGUCGGCCUGAUCUACAGACCCCUCGGCGAGUUCGGCGACCUCUGUCUGAUAGCCUGGAGUGACGCCGCCUUCGCGAACCGCAAGGACCUCACAAGCCAAGGAGGGUAUCUGGUAGCCCUGGUUCAUCGUGAUGUGGUCGAGAAAGGCCUGGAGGGAUUCUACCACAUCUUGGACUGGCGCUCCUUCAAGCUCCCAAGAGUGGCGAGGAGCACCCUCGCGGCCGAAAGCCAAGCAGCAGCUGAAGCAGCUGAUGCCCUGACCUAUAUUGACCUCUCGGACUACACCAUGGACCCCAACCACGCAGCGCCCGUGCUCAUCGUGGACGCCAAAGCGCUCUACGAUCUCCUGGUCAAGCCGGAGGCGCAAACCAGCCUUGGGGCUGACAAACGCACAGCAAUAGAGGUCCUGGUCACCCGCGAGAAGAUGUCAGAGGCCUCAAGGACUGUGCGAUGGGUCUCUUCAGAGAGACAGAUGUCGGACGGCCUCACCAAGACGGCCGCCACUCAGCUCCUGGCAGACCGCCUUAGAUCGCACAAGACACGCCUGGUUGAUGAUAGCUCCUACCAGGCGGCCAGGAAGAAGACACCUCAGCAGCGCAAGGACAGCAUGUACCAGUACGCCAUCUCGAAGCAAACCCUCAAGACCUCAUUCACCACCACAACCUCUUCCACACUACCAUCACAGGCCGUUUUCUGGGCCUCAGCAGCUACCACCGUCACCACCGCCAAGGCGCAGGCCGAGGACUAUGACCAGGUCUUUCUCCUGGACUUUGUCAUCCUCCUGAUGCCCUUCCUCAUGAUCCUCACUGUGGUGGCAGCAUGGUUCUGGACGCGCCAGAAACCGAAGAGCUCCGUCGAUGAGACCGCAUGCCUGAAGGCACGUGUGCAGAGUCUCCUGGACGACGUGCAGGACAAGAGCGAUGAGAUUCGAACCCUUGAGGGAUCGCUCAUGGAUGCGGAGGCGGAGGGAAAGAGCCUCAGGCAGAGCAAACAGGCCCUGGCCAGCGAGCUCUACCGUUUGAGGCGAGUGCACUUGGAUACCCCACCUGGCCUCAACAAGGUCUACAUCACCCGGGGCCCGUGCUUUCAUAUCGAGGAGGAGUGCGCCAACAACGUGGCCAAAGUCACUCCGACGAGCAGAAGACCCUGCAAGCUUUGCUGCCUGGGACCCUUCUUCCAGCACAAUGCAGACUGA